UAGAAACUCACAGUUCUCUACUCUCUCUCUCUCUCUCUCUCCGUGAUUUGUAGUAAAACAUUAAAACUUUGCUUUAGAAGCACGAGUCCAUUGUUACUACCAUAAAAGCCUUGAUCUUUGCACUCAUAUAGAACCCACCUCUCUCUCUCUCAUUCACUCCACUCUGCUACCUUCACUAGCUAUAUCCCCAUUUCCAUGCUUAACAAAGCAAGUGUUAAGACCCUAUGACACCCUGAAAGAAACAGGCAACUGGGUUUGCUUUAUCUUCUCUUUCUUUAAUGAGAGACAAGAAGGUAGAGAAAGCUUGGAUAUUUUUGCUAGACAUAUAUAAUUGGUUGUAAUGGGUGUGGAAGAUAGUUGGGAUACAGUAGUGUCACCACCAACAACAACAUUGGUGCCUUUGAAUUUAGAAAGAGAUGAUCAUUGGAGACAUUUUGAUAAUUCAGUGAAUGCUGUGUCUUUUGGGUUUGUAGCUACUGCUAUAUUGAUAUCUAUGUUCCUUGUUAUGGCUAUCUUUGAAAGGUUUUUAAGGCCAAGAUCACUGUCUUCCUCUGCUGGUGCUAAUGGCAGUUCUUCUUCUUCUUCUAAUGAUCUUGAAGCGCAAGUUGUUUUCCAUGGCAAGCUUGAUUUCCCAUCUCCAAAAAUGACAGUUUAUGCGAAAGGGGUAUCAGUCCUGAUGCCCGGUGAUGAUGUUCCUACCUUCCUUGCACACCCAGCUCCUGCACCCUGCCGUCCGGAGCGCAUCAUACAACCACUCCAACAACAUAGCCUAUGCCACAGCUUCACCUCAACCUCUACUUCAAGCUAAAAACCUAACAUGAAUUCAAAAUAACUGACUUGAACAAGGGGUUUUUCUCUUCCAAUCAUUGUCAUCAACCAAAUUUGAAUUGAGCUGUGAACAUUACUGAUCAUGAAUUUGUGUACAUUUGAAUUCAAUGAUUACGUAUCCAUUUGGAGGUUGAA